AUGGCUCAAAAUGAAGAGCCGAACACAAAAAGAGAUGGCGGCGCGAAAGAUGACGGCGGUAUUCUUGAGGUGGUAGAAACCGUUAGAAAUGAGGUGAUACGCAGCGAAUUCGGCGAAAUCGCGGUAUCAAAGAUGAGAAAAUCGAAGAAGGAUGAACAACCGAAGAACAGAGAGCCCGAACUCGAAGAGAGAGAGCUCCAAUGGCCGGAAAAGCAAUUUGAGCUAGAAAGAAGAAAGAGGAUGAAAAUUGAAGAAGAAAAGAAAGAGCUGGAAACAAAAGUUCAAUGGUUACAGAAGAAAGUGAUUCAGCUGAGUAAGAGUUCCUUCUGGCUAAAACAGGAGAAGGAAAAGAAUGAGAAGGCAAUCUCCGAUCUUACGAAGAAAGUUGAAGAAGGUGCGGAGAAAGAGAAAGGCCUACUCAUGAAGAUUGAGGGUUUAGUGGACGAGCUAGUAAGGGAGAAAAAGAAUAUAGAGAUACUAACUCAAUAG